AUGUGUUGGUUAGCCUGGGAUAAAUUAACAAAACCAAAAGGGACAGGAGGACUGGGACUGAGAGAUAUUCAGAUCUUUAAUCAAGCAUUACUCGCAAAAAUAGCAUGGAGGAUAUUAACAGCGCCAAACUGCUUGUUAGCUAGAGUACUUACCGGCAAAUAUUGUCAUAAGAAGAGCUUCCUCGACGUCAAGGUUCCUGCAGUCUGCUCUCACGGAUGGCGUAGUAUUCUACAUGGCAGAGACCUCCUCCAAGAAAACCUGGGGAAAGCCAUUGGAAAUGUGAUCGAUCUCAGAGUAUCCGAUCUUCUAACAGAUAGUCUACAAUGGAACAAGGAGAGGAUUGAUAAACUCUUACCGGGCUUUGGCCAUCUGAUACAACAGAUAAAGCCAAGCAAAGAAGGUGUAGAAGACAUCUAUGUGUGGCUCCCUCUGACCUCCGGUGUUUACUCGACAAAGUCAGGCUACAACUCCAGGAAUCAAUCAGAAGGGAUAGCGACCUCUCAAGACAUGCCUCCCAAUCUCUCUCUGCCUCUUGAAUUCAGCUGGAUCAAGGACAUUUGGUCGGUGAAAACAGCACCAAAACUCAUCCUAUUCUUGUGGUCUAUAGCUCAAGGGGCCUUACCUUUGGGGAAGGAACUGCAACGAAGAGGAAUCAACACCGAUACGCAAUGUCCUUGCUGUAAGGAAGAAGAAACAGCUAUGCAUGUGUUCUUCCAAUGCCCUUUUGCAAAGGAAGUGUGGCGCUUAGCUCCCCUCAGCUCACCAGUUCACCUAGCUGCUGAGGCGGAUUUUCAAGACCUGGCGGUUAUGGCAAGAACGAUCGUCUGUCUCCCUCCUACAGGAGUAAGAGUACCGAUUCUCCCUUGGAUAGUCUGGUUCCUAUGGUUGGCACGAAACAAGUUAAUCUUUGAGAACAAGACAGCACAACCAAUGGAAAUUAUUACUAAAAGUAUAGCAGCUGCACUGGAAUGGAAUCAAGCUCAAGACAACGCAAAAGAAAAGGAAGCUUUACCUAUGAAGACGAACCGUCUACAGGAGGCCAACGCAGCUCGAUCUCACCGAUGCUCUGUCGACGCCGCAUGGGAUUCAAAUCGGAACAGAGCAGGGAUUGCAUGGCGGCUUACGGGUAGUCAUCUGGCAGCUCCCCUAUCAGGUACUCGUAUCAUAGAGGAUGUCGGUUCACCUCUAAUGGCGGAAGCCUUAGCUCUCCAGGAAGGCAUCGCACGAGCUCGUGACCUAGGCUUCUCACCGGUAUCCUUCUACUCCGACUGCGCAACGCUCAUCAGAGCAAUCUCCUCCCAGAAUCAAGUGAAAGAAAUCUAUGGCGUCCUUCAAGACAUCAAAGCUCUCUCGUCAAGCUUCGAUUCGAUCGGUUACCUCCACAUCCCUCGUUCCCAGAACAGCGAUGUGGAUCUCUUAGCGAAAAAGGCCCUUAAGGCCUCAUUUGUCUCUUCUAUUUUAAUGGGCUAG